AUGCCGGAUCAUGUAAAGUUGCAGUAUCAUCAAGACAUGCUGCGGCGGCAGCAGGAACGGCUGGCCUCCCCCUCCUCUCUAUCUGCGCUUCUUCAUUUAGGGAACAGCCUUGUAGCAGCAAACCUCAAGCAGGCCUUAGAGAGAGAGGUAGAGCUUCACUGGGCAGCGAUGACGCCAACGGAAGUCUCGGCAACACUCAAUCUUCUAGCAAAGAUGAAGCACCGGCCGACCUCCGCGCUGAACAAACUGGGGCUUGCUGUACAGCACAGUCUUCAUCUUUAUACACCGAACUUGUUGUCAGGCUGCCUGUUGAGCUUUGACAUUUUGCUUUACCGUCACCGUUCCCUUCUCUCAUCCCUUUCAACUUUCUUGCUCAACAAACAAAUCGCAUCGCCUCAUCAUCGCCAGAAACGUCAGGAACGCCGCCAACAGUACCCCCGCCCGUCACCCCGGUUUGUCAGCCAACUCUCUGCUGUAUCCGCAACAAUGCCGACGGCGGCGGCAAAAACUCCAGCCUUAACAGCGACAGAAGCAUAUAUUGCUUCUCGUCAGCACAAUCUCGGACAAAUGCAGCACCAAAAAGAGCAGGAACCGUCACUAGGGUCAGAAGCAGAAGCACAAGCACGAAGGCCAUUUAGUCUUAAUGAGCUGCAACCCGUCGAGCGGCUCCCUCCUGAUGCACACCUCCCCCCUCCACUUGCCUUCGAUCGUCAUACUCGCAAAGAUGAUAUUGAAACGACACACCUGCUCGAACAAGUCGAGAUGCCCAAGGAUGCACUUGAUCGUUUGGUUCCUAGUGAUGGACUCUCGGGGAACAGUCGGUGUUUCAAGUCAGCAGACUCACCAGGAGUUUCAGGACUGACGGCAGCGCCACGCAGGUCGACAAUUUCUCUGCAAUCAAGGGCUGGGGCAGCUGCGGUAGCACUCACUGUUCGCGGCGCAGACAUUCCGUGCAGUGUAGGCGUCAGCAUAGAUCCGUUUCUUGCUGCUGCUUUGCUGCAACACCUGUCCCAUAUACAGCAUUACAAAGAUCCGGAGCUGUUGUCUAGGCUACUUGCAUCCGUUUCAGCGGCCACUGCGAACUAUGGGCAGCAGCGCAUGCAGCAUCUCUUGGAGCCGGAGAGUGAUAGUCGGCUACGUGGCAGCUGCCCUGUCCCUGUAACAGAAAAUUCAGCAGGCUUUCCACUUGUAACUUGUGCCGAAUCAGUACAUCAUGUGGCUGAGGCAGCGAACGAAGUGGCUGCAACUACUGUGGUAGCUUCCACUUCGGAAGUAUCAUUUUCUACGGUUGCGUCGGCAGGAGAUCCAGCAGCGUUGACAGCUAAUGAGGCUACAGUGAGGAGGCGCCGCGGCACGCCGAUAGGCACCCAUGAGCUGCACGAGAGCUGGGCAGAAUUUGCUUCAGCCGCGAUCACUGCAGCAGAUGCCUUACUUCCGCGCUGGGGCAAAACCAGAAGAGCCAGCUUUUCAGGACCGGCGCCCGAAGCUUCUCGUAGACAUGGCGGCGAAGACAAUCGCACAGGGGGGGCAGAACUGCUCAAUGAAACUGUAUCGUCUAGGGGCAAAUCGCAACCUUCCGGAUCACACGGAGUCCCAUCUGACCAAGACACGAUAAGGAGGCUGAAGGAGCAAGGACUGCACAGGGCUUUGCAAUUCGUAACUUUACCCUGGAGCACAUUCGUGUCUCAAUUCAGAAAAGCCAUAGACCUUGGCACAUCCAGAGAGAGGCCCCACACUCGCAACCGGCUCGCUCGAAAGAGACGCCGUACGGUAAACGGAUUUGUGCCUGCAGGAGCAGAGGUUGCUCGAACAGUUACAAAGAGAGAGUGCGCUGCUGAUUCGAUGCGACGCUGGGCUUGCUGUCGGCGGGCUUUUCUACAGCCAUUCCAGCUGGUGUCUUUGUUCUCACGCCAAUAUCCGCCAAGCAUUGGUGCGGAGGCUACGGCAUCUGCAAGGACUGACUCUUCUGGAAAUGCGCAGUUGCCGCCUCAGCCGCAGUUGCAACUCCCUUCGCAUCAAAUUUUCCCUUUUGGCAUUUCAUUUGCCGAUACUGCUGGCACCCAGGCACUGCUGAUGGACACUGGUCCGUUGCUUCCUCCCGUUUUGCCAAAGGAUGCGCCUUCCUCUCUGAAGAAACAAGUCAAACAGCAGCACGACAAGAAGAUGAAAUGUGCACGCCAAGCGCAAGCUCUUUUGCAGCGGCAUCAGCAGCGACUGCACUUGCCGGGGGGGAUUGAUUCUCCAUCAGUUGGCGCAUCUACUGCGACUGUAACGGCAGGAACAGCAAAUCCACCAACAGUUCAAGCGAUUGGUAUAACGUCAACAUCAGAGCAACCUCCAGCGUUUCAGUCAGUUCCAAUGAUUUGCCCAGGGGAUUCAAUUCAAUCAGCUGCCACACCGAAGCCCGCACGGGCAAGAAAGGAUGAACAGCACAGGAGUCGUCUGCUGCAUGCCGCAGCUGGCGCUCUGUGUGCUGCAGCAAACAUGAAGAUAUUAACUCUGAGAAUCGCAAGACCUUUUGUGUUGCAGCUGCCCUUCCUGUGCGCAGAAUCCUCAUGCGUAGCAACAGGGACCAAGGCAGCAGCAAAAGACCUAAGUGCUUGCUGCGCCGCUGCAGCUGCCGCGUUGCAGACGCUUGGUUUGCGUUUAGACGAACCCGUGAACUAUGCACAUUCAGCUAGACGAAGGAAUCCACGCCCGCCCACUCCGGACUUAGCGGUGAUUCGGGUAGAACUUUUGAUUUCUCUGGAGAUGGCCUUCAGGAGUCCUCGUUUCGUUGCUCUCUGGCGGCAAGCGGCAACAGAUGCAGCAUCGCUUGACCAUAUUCUAACUCAGCAUCGGGCAGAAGAUAAUCCGCAGAGGCGCCUCGCGCAUCUGCUGCCCCAAGCAGCAUACCUAUAUUCAGUUGUGUUCCAAGCGCUAGUCAAUGAUGUGCAAAGAGAAUCCACACCUUCAAGGUCCAUAUAUGCCUGGCAGCAGCAACAGCAGCAGAGUGCUUUGCAGUUUUGCAACCUAUUAGCGAACAGUAUUGCCACAAUGAUGGGCUGUGCUGCCAUCGCUAAUCAUCUGCCCUCGUUAACUUUGAUGUUGAAUGCCUGCCGUUGCCUCUCUGCUGGGGUUAUAUCUGCACGUAGUGUCCCAAAACAGCAGCAUUCGAAACAAUCGUCGCUAACAAUGCCAUUGCAGCAGACGGAGAAGGAGAUCAUGCGAAAGCUAGAGCAAGCGCUAACGGACACUGAUGCUAACACGGAAGACCUUCCAUCAAAAUAUAUCCGCUCAUCACUGGUCGCACUUGUGCGGAGCCAUCAGUCCACGCGGCGUUCUGCACCUCCUGCAACAGUUGAAUCAGCAGCUGAAGCCGAAGCAUCCUUCCACCCAGUUGUCUACGCCUUAGCAAGUAAAUUACAUCUGACGAGAAACACUAUACACAGGUGGGUGGCGGAGGCUGCUGGGGCGGAGGAGCUUCGUUUGCAGCGGAAUCAGCCGAGUUAA